AUGGCCUCCAUCGACUCGCCAAUCAUUAUCAUCGGUGCCGGCCUCGUAGGCCUGACCUUGGCACAAGGCCUCAAGAAGGCUGGAUUCAAGUUCGAGAUCUACGACAGGGACAACAGUCUGCACGAACGUCCAGCAGGAUGGGGCAUUACCAUGCACUGGGCACUACCAGCCCUGGCGUCCUGCUUACCACCACAGAUAUUCGAAACACUGCUAUCCAUUCAAGUUGAUCCGGUCGAAGGCGGCAAAGAGAACGAUUACUACCAGUUCCUCGACUUUGAGACCGGGGCAGUAAAGUUCGCCAUUCCAUCCUCACAGCAUUACCGCCUGAACCGUAAACUGUUCCGCGAGCUCCUCUGUACCGACAUCCCUGUACAGUGGAACAAGCGGGUCAAGGACUUCACCAGCACCCCCAACGGCGUGACUGUCAACUUCUCCGACGGCACCACCGCCUCCGGCAGCAUGCUCCUCGCCGUCGACGGCAAGAACAGCCGGGUGAAACGCCAGCUCGUCGGCGAUGAGGCCUCACGCCUCUCACCCUUACCCGUCGCCUUCAACGGUCUCACCCUGCGACUAUCCCCCGACCAAAUGGCGCCCUUCCGCGCCAUCCACCCCGUCCUCUGGCAAGGCUGCCACCCCAAAUCCGGCUUCUUCGUCUUCUUCUCCAUGCUCAGCACGCCCGCCUCGAACGGCAGCGCCACCACCUCCUCCCCCUACUACGAAGGCCAAUUCAACAUGUCCUGGCUGACCUCACGCCACGGCCCCACCCCCUCCACCCCCUCCGCCCAACUCGCCGCCAUCAAACGCGCCGCCACCAGCGACACGGGCUUCUUCCCCACCCUCCGCGACGCCAUCCUCGCCAUUCCAGACGACACGCCCGCGCUCGAGAUCAAGCUCGAAGACUGGCCGACGCAGCCGUGGCUCUCGGGCGCGCACUCGCGGGUCAGCCUCGUCGGUGACGCCGCCCACACCAUGACCAUGUACCGCGGCGAGGCGGCCAACCACGGCAUCUACGACGCCGUCAAGCUGGUGUGGGAGCUGACACGGUGGCGGGCCGGCGAACAGAGUCUGGAGCAGGGGCUGCAGCAGUACCAGGACGAGGUGGUGCAGCGGACGCACGAGGCGGUCUUGUUGAGUCGCGAGGCGUGCUUGGAGUGUCAUGACAUUGACUCGUUGAGUGAGGAGAGCGCCGUGUUCAGGGUGGCGGGCUUCAACGCGGCGGUUACGGAGGAGAGACCGACUUUCGAUAUCGCUGGUGAUGGGAGUGGUGGUGUGGUCGACGGGGAGGGAUUGGAGCGAUUGCAUGGCGAGCGGAACAUGGAGGGGCCGGCGAGAGAGGCUGUUGCGGUGUAG